AUCCAGAAGUCUCAGUCGUGCUCUGUUGCUCGAAACGAUUCCAAGAUGAGGGUGUUGUUAGUUUGUCUGGCAGGCUUACUGGUCUGCCUGAAGACGGCUGAUUCUCACUCAUUGCCGCAAAAAGAUUACGACACUGACUCCAGCAACCAUGACAUCACCAAUCCACUGUAUGACACCAGCGGAAAUAAUAGCAGCUCGGAUCCCGACAACUCCAGGGGAAUGUUCGAUUUUGGCCCCACAACGUUCCUCGUGCACUACGUAACUAGGGAUGACAAUAAAGAGUACAAAAGUAUAUACGCCCACAAGAACGGCAAAGCGAAGAAAGUUUUAGAAGACGGCAUAGCCGUCUUUGAUGAGUUUCCGAAGUCGCGCGCCUAUUUGGGCAAUAAGGACGGUAUCUACAUUUACGACACAGAAACAGAGAAGCUUGAGAAGUACGGCAAUCUGAGUGACAGCGUCAUCGGGAUCGUAAAAGAAAACCGCACCGACGACCUGUACAUUCUGACCGAAGACCACGUCGUCUACAAGGUCACGGAGGAAGGCACCAAGAAGAUCAAGGUCAACGAAGCUGAGCAUGCCGAGAGAAUAGCGUUGGACUGGGAUGACAACUUGUACUACAUCGGAGCGAACGAUCAUCCGUAUGUUGUCGCUUCGGACGGUGCGAAAAAGAUCGAAGGUCUUCCAGCUAACCCAACCUCAGUGUUUAUCUGUAGGCCUCCGAUCAAGAUAAAACACGGAGCGUGGUUUAUGUCCGGAAAACAGCCCUACAUCAUCUAUCCCAACGCGACCAGCAAACCAUACGUAUAUAACGACCAAGAGAAGCUGGAACACGAGAAAAGAAUUCGUGAUCUUGAUGUUAUUUUCUCACAGUUCAGGAACCAAAUAGAGGAAUGACGUAUUAUCUUCGGAUUUUGCGCGUUGUAGAGAUAAUUAUAAUGACUUUUAUAUACUGACCAUGCCAGACGCAGUCGGCCAUGACCACGCAAACUGUAAAGAAUUCUAAACAUUGGGAAUUUAAUAUUGACAAUAACACCCGAGGUUCAACUGUAAAAGCAAUUUUAAUUAUAGACAUAACGUGUUUUUUGAUUGAAAUGAAUGAAUCUUGUCGAA